AGAUGGGCAUGGAAAACGCAAUUUGAUCUUAUCGAUUUGUUUAAUGGUUAUUGCAUAUCGUAAUAUACACGUGAUGUUUCAACACUAAACUGAGUACAAAUAAACAGUUGCCUUAUUUUCGAUUAUUUCUAACAAACGGAAUUAUGCAAAUGCACCUGCUUUUCCAUAUAUCAAACCAUUUUUCCUUAAAAAUUUAAGAGAGCAGAGAAUCAAAUGAUUUAGUGUUGGUGUUUUGCAGUUAUCGGGAAUUUGAAUGGUUCUUUCCGUUUCAAUGCGGCUUGCCUUGCAAAUUUAGUGCCAUUAUUAUACCACACAUAAUCACACAUCUUCUACAAUUCUAUCUUUUUAUUACUUUCUCUGUUUCUACCUUUGCCUAUAUCUGCCUUAUUUGUGAUCUACUUAUUGCUUGCAAAAUAAGCUCACAGACCUCUUUUCGUUUUUACUUUGCAGAACUUCAAAAUAAACAUAUCGUAUUUUUUGAGCUUUGACUUAUAUUCUUCCAUCCUUCCACCCAAAAACACGGAUUUCUAUUUAUCUCUGCCAGGCGUAACUGCUAAGCGACAUUUGUCUUCCGUUUUGUAUCUGCUACUGAUUUGAUUGGCUUUUCCAACAGCAGUGAAAAGAGCCCACUUUUUCAUCUUGAAUUCGCACCAUUUAUCCUCAGCUUACCAUUGAGAAUUUUCCUUUGCAUUUCUGGCAGCAACGAAGUAUCCAACUGAACCUGACUCCCAAGGGGUAAAAAGUUGGCAGAUAUAUUAUCAAUUUCCCCGGAUUCAAUAAAGAUUUAUCUAGAUUACAUUUGGCGCAGUGUUACAUCGCAGAGUUUGCAGAGCUUUUAGUUUCGAUUCCUAAUAAUAUUCGAACAUUUUCCCAGAUAGAAGAAUUCAGAUUAAGUAUUAAAUAGCGAUGGAAAUGGAAGACGAUAUGUUAGAACUGACACAACCCCCGUCGGAGGAAAACAGGGACAGAUUUCAGACGGACAAGAAGAUAGGGAAGGGUCAGUUCAGCGAAGUGUACAAAGCAUACGACAAAAUAGCCGACACAUUUGUAGCCCUCAAAAAAGUCAAGAUCUACGAGAUGACAGAUGCGAAGGCGCGUAAUGAUUGCAUCAAGGAGAUCAAUUUGCUCAAACAGCUGGACCACCCGAACGUCAUCCGAUACAUCGAGUCGUUCGUGGCCAACAACGAACUGUUGAUAGUCCUGGAAUUAGCUGACGCGGGGGAUCUAUCCCGGAUGAUCAAGCACUUCAAGAAGCAGAAGAGACUGAUUCCGGAGAAGACUAUCUGGAAGUACUUUGAGCAAUUGUGCCAGGCACUGAACCACAUGCAUGAGAAACGAGUCAUGCACAGAGACAUCAAGCCUGCCAAUGUGUUCAUAACUGCACAGGGUGUGGUCAAACUGGGCGAUUUGGGACUGGGUAGGUACUUCAGUUCGAAGACCACGGCCGCCCAUAGUCUGGUGGGCACGCCCUACUACAUGAGUCCAGAGAGAAUCAGUGAGACUGGUUACAAUUUCAAGAGCGACAUUUGGUCUCUGGGAUGUCUUCUUUAUGAGAUGGCGGCGUUGCACAGUCCGUUUUACGGGGACAAAAUGAACCUGUACUCUCUGUGUCAGAAGAUAGCCAACUGCGACUACCCGCCCAUCCCAGCUGACAUCUACUCCAUCCAUCUGCGCAGACUCAUAGACCAGUGCAUCUGUCCAAACCCAGACCAGAGGCCAGACAUCUCCGAGAUACUCAAGGUCGCGCUGGAACAACACCAGCGGUGCCAGAGCGCUCAUUGAAUAAGAGAAGGAAGAGAAACUAGCCCAAAAGAUAAAGAUUGUCCUGGAACGGGGAUUUCCAAGCUGAACUCUCUGAAAUUCCAAUACUACUGUAGAUGGAAAAUCUUAUUUGCACUAAGCCAUAAAUAUUGUUAACUGGAGCCAUAAAUGUUGUUAUCUUGAUUUGUAACUGAAAUUUCGCCGCGACAAAUAUUGUAAUAUUAGGUCAUUCUCACUUGGAGGUGCUUUUAUUUAUGAAGUCUUUUUUUUUCUAAUAUCUGAAGUUGAAGCUAAUAUUGAUCAUUGUCUAUCUUGGGAAAGCUUAUUUGUGUUCAAUUUCCGCUAGUAAUUUGAGUUCUUCUUUCAAGAAAGCGCAACUUAGCAGGAUAUUUUGAAAAGGAAAUUGAUUAGGCUUUUCAAUUAUUUUCAUUUAAAAAUUCAAUUGAUCGGUUCAUAAGCAAUGACAUUCGAUGCUGUUGUGAGCGUUAACGUCUUCUCUGAAUGAAUUUCAGCUAAUUUGAAAUGUUUCUAUAAAGUUGGUUUAACUUUGUAUCUUCAUGUAUAAAUAAUUUGAAAGUAUAAUAAAUUUUCAAUAAUUUGAAAAUUAAAUUAAAAGCAUUGUAUCAAAUUCUACUUAUUCGAACUGUUUUCGGCAAUUAUAAUGCAAUUGUUGUUAAGUAAUCUAACAUUGAAUGUAAAAGAUUCUGGUGCUGCAAUUUUGAAUUCGAAAAUCCUACUUAGCUAUUAGAAUCUGUCUUAGCAUAUCAUGAAACUAAAACUAAUUGAUAAAUUUUGCAUCG